AUGGCUGCUAACAUUCUCACCAACAUUGAGUAAGUUUUUGCUUAAUUUCUAGAUACCUUAUCCACUGAAAUGUUCAUCAGCCCGCGCAACUACGACCACCUCCUGCACAUUGUCGAAUCGAUCAAAAAGCAAGUCGGUUGCGAAGUGGCCAACGGCGAAAUCGGAAUAAUCUGUGGAUCGGGCUUCGGGCCUGUCGCCGACCUGGUCACCAACGCCACAAUUAUACCGUAUGCCCAAAUUCCCGGAUUCAAAACGACCGGGAUUACGGGACAUCGCGGAAACUUAGUGUUUGGCACGUUGCACGGGAAGCGAGUGAUUUGUGUUCAAGGCAGAUUUCAUCCUUAUGAACAUGACACCGACCUGGCAUUGGUAACUUUUACAUCAGCUCCUAUCACUUUAUCAUUGACUAUUUUUAGUGUUCGCUGCCAGUCCGAGUUCUCCACUUGCUCGGUGUCAAAGUGCUCAUCGUGUCAAAUGCGGCCGGAGGAAUCUCGUCGAACAUCCGUCAAGGAGAGCUAAUGAUCAUCAAGGACCAAAUCUUUUUGCCCGGUCUCGCAGGCCGGUCCCCAUUAGUCGGUGUUCAGGAUCCGCGAUUCGGGUGUCGUUUUGUGUCGAUGCACGAUGCGUACGAGAAAGAGCUUAGGGUCCUGGCGCAGAGAAUCGCAUGGCAAGUGCUGGGAAAGACGUUGCACGAGGGUGUUUAUGCGAUGGUCGGAGGUCCGCAAUUCGAGGCACCCGCAGAGGUUGGUCACGCAGCCCGGAGCUUCAUACAGAUUAUUUUUCAGGUAGCCCUUCUCAAAACGGUUGGCGCCGACGCGGUGGGAAUGUCGACGUGUCACGAGGUGACAGUGGCCCGUCAGUGCGGAAUAAAAGUGCUCGGCUUCUCCCUGAUCACCAACGUCGCCAAUUUGAACGUGGACGACGCGGUGGAGGUGUGCUCGGACGAGGUGCUCGACACGGCGAAAGAGGUCGGAGACACGGCUUCGCAAUUUGUGGCCGCAGUGGUCGGCGCCCUUAUAAAUCACAAUAACUCACUUCCAAUGUCAAACUCAUCAUAA